CUCCAACCCCAACAAACACCCGCUCGCAUCGUCAGAACUCUGCUCAAAGACGGAUUAUCAAUUAGAUUUUGGGCCUUUCAUUGAGAUAUAUCUUACUAUUUCUUGGCUCUUAUUUCCAGCAGGGAUAUAUUGGCGGUCUUUCGUCAACAAGGCCCCCACGGACGCUAUCGAACCUGGGCCUGUGGCAAUCGACUUUGCUGCUCUUUCCCCUCGUAGCCAUUUCUCACAGCUCUUCAACCGUCAAAAUGACAAACAAGGCGGCCGUGCCCUUCCUGGUCACAAUGAUGCUUGUGACAGGAGUAUGUAAUACUAUUCUCAACAAGUACCAGGAUAUGCAGUGUGUUAGGAACUGUGAUUCUCCAAAUCCCAAAGACCAUCGUCUCUUCGAACAGCCAGUGAUUCAAACUAUUCAGAUGUUCAUUGGUGAGAUGGGCUGCUGGCUCGUCGUUCUAAUGACCAACCUAUAUAAACGCUAUCUUGCUUCCCGUUUAUUUCAGAACCAGUCGCCUCUUCUAGCCGGUGGCUAUCGCCCAGUAAAUGAUGUUGACGGAGAAGAUUAUGAAGAGGACCAAACGAUCGACGGACCCAAUGACGACGAUGACCCAUCGAAACCCUUUCGUUUAUCUGACGGUCGUAUAAAACUUCAAGGGUUGAGGACGUUUCUUCUUGCUGCACCGGCAUGUUGCGAUAUCGCAGGUACUACUCUUAUGAACGUUGGCCUGUUGUUCGUCGCAGCAAGUAUCUACCAAAUGACGCGUGGAGCCUUGGUUCUAUUUGUUGGGCUUUUCAGUGUUCUGUUUUUACACCGCAAGUUGUAUUUAUACCAGUGGCUGGCGCUGUUCAUUGUUGUUCUCGGUGUUGCACUAGUUGGCCUCGCCGGCGCUCUGUUUGGGGACAAACAAGGCCACGAUAUCACUCAAGAAGGUAUGGUGGCGGCAGCUCAUUCAGCCACCCUGGAGAUCCGGGCAGUCGCACAGACGCCAGAGGCUGUUAGAGCUGUUAUUGGUGUUCUCCUUAUCGCUGCAGCCCAAAUAUUUACUGCCUCACAAUUCGUGCUCGAGGAGUGGAUCCUCGAGAACUACGCCAUGGAGCCGCUCCAAGUCGUUGGGUGGGAGGGUGUUUUUGGAUUUACUGUGACGGUCAUUGGGUCGAUCAUUCUGUAUCUGGGCGUCGGGCGCACAGAAGCAGGACGAUACGGAUACUUUGACGCAAAGGAAGGCUGGCACCAAGUCCUGACUCAUAGGGCGGUGGCCGUCUCAAGCUUCAUGAUCAUGCUUAGCAUUGGUGGUUUCAACUUCUUCGGACUCUCCGUGACCCGUACCGUUUCUGCUACCUCUCGCAGCACGAUUGAUACCUGCCGUACACUUUUCAUUUGGCUCGUAUCGCUAGGUCUAGGCUGGGAGACUUUCAAAUGGCUGCAGGUCGCUGGAUUUGCCCUGCUCGUCUAUGGAACAUUUCUAUUCAACGAUAUUGUCCGCCCCCCACUCAAGGCCUGUCUCCCCAGAGACGCCACAGAGAGGGUCCUCUUGCCCGAGGAACCCAUUGAACAUAAUUAAGACUUAUGUACCGAGUUUUCGCUCUUGUGCUUUUUCGGCCCUGCUCUUUUUAUCACUGGUUGGAUAUGUUAUGCAUCGCUCGGAUUCGGUGAUCUCGAGUUCAUUGUUCAUUGUUUCAUUGCUUCGCUGCUCUGCUUUCUAAAUACAGUCUGGCGUUUUGGAUAUGAGUUUAGUCGAGUUUGAAAGGUUUGGUUAUGCUUUUGCUGUUCGCUUUCCCCCUCAUUUCUAUUCGGGUCUAUGAUGAUGGUUAUCCUCGCAAGACUAGUUAUACAUGUGCAAGGCCAUUCUAUGUUUCCUAAACAAAGACUUUCCAUAUCGGUCCAAGGCAUAUUAUAUAUAUAUAUCAUCUAUAACUGAUAACUGAUAAAACAACAUACCCUACCAUUCCUCUCUC